AUGGUAAUCAUUUUUAUUAAUUUUUUAUUAUUAUAUAAUUUUAUAUUGACAAAUCAAGAAUAUAUUAAAAUAAUAAAAUAUCCUAAAAUAUUGUGGAAAUUUGAAAAGGCAGUUGGAUAUGAAAUAUUUAAUAGAAAUUUGACAAUUCAAGAAAUUGAUAAAAAUAAUUAUAUUGUUGAAAAUCCAGAAACAGAAAUAUGUAGAAAAUCUUUUAAUGUUAAUGGCAACAUGAAAGGUAAAUGUGAACGUGGUGGUUCAAGUGGGGAAAAAUUUAAUGAAAUUAUAGAAACAUAUAAAAAAAAUUAUUUAGUUUUCAAGUGCGAGGUAAUUGUUUAUGGUAAUAGUGAAAAUAAAAAUCUUCAAACAGAUAAUUUUUCUAUUUCUCUUACCAUUCAACCUAAGGAAAAAGAAGUUUAUGUUCAUAAAAAAAAUAGCACAGAAAAUUUUUAUAUAAAAUGUCAUAAGAAUCCUAUAAUAAAAGCUGAAAAGACAACAUUAUUUGACGAUUAUAAUAAUGGGCUUCAAGGUACAACAGAAUAUCUUGUAACAGAUGAAGAUAUAUGGAUUGAAAUAUAUUUUUUUCAACUAAAAAAAGAAAUAUUAGAAAAUAUUAAAGUAAUAUGUUAUUAUGAAUAUGAAAAAUAUCGAGAUAUAGGUAAAAUUGAAAUAACACAUACUUUUGAAAUAACAAAUGUUGAUGGAGUAUCAAUUGAAAAUGAUAAAUGGGAAUCUUUUAGACCAAAAGUUAUUGAAGAAGUUAAUUUUGAGUGUGAUUUAAUAGGAAAAUAUUAUAGUAUGAGAUCUUCUAUAUGGUUAAAGCAAUUAUACGUUGAUAAAGGUAUUAAAGUUAAGGAUCCACAAUGGAAACAGGUUGCUAAACAUGGGGAUCCUGAUUUUGAAUUUUCAAGUACUAGAUUAGUGACUAAAAUAAGAUUAAAAAAAGAUUCAAUGGAAGGAAUGCCUAAUAAUGUUCACUCAGUAUGGAGAUUAGCAUUUUUUACAAAUGCUCAAGAUGAUAUUCAAUGCCUUCUAACUUUUGCUACUCCAUUAACAGAAGGAAGUGAUGAAAAAAUCAAUAUUAUUAAAAGUGUUAAUGAUUCUAUGCCUGUUGAAAUGUCUUGUGGAGAAAUUAAUAAUUUACCUUUUAAAUGGUACCAUGAAGAUAAAUUAAUUGAGGAAGAAAAAAUUAAUUCUGAAAAUUCACCAUACUCAUCAAUAUCAAAUAAAUUAAUAUUAAAAGGAUGCAAUGAAAUUACCAUGGGAUCUUAUAUGAUAUUUUCACAAAGUGAUCCCUCAAUUUUUUGUCAUUUUUCUUAUGAAUGUGUAGACAAAUAUUAUAGAAUAGAAGAUUUGGAAAAAAUGUAUAAAGAUAAGAUAAAUUCAUACAAAGAUCCAAAAACUUUGUAUAACACUAAAUUUGAAGAAUAUGGAAUUGAUAAGAAUGAUGAUCCAUAUUUAAUAUAUAGACCAUCUAACAAAAUCAAUGAAAAAUGGUUAUUCAUUUGGAAGAAUCCUUUAAAUAUCAUUUCAAUAAUUAUAUACACAAAAAUAUAUUUAGUUAAUUAUUAUUUUUAA